AGAUGGUCUGUCACUAUCGGGUGGAUAAGGAGUUGUCUCAGAACAAAUUCUGUAAUGUUUCUUUAUAGACUUGUUUUUCGAAUAACUUUCAGUACUUUUUAUUCUUGUAAAUCAAUAGAGCUAGCUACACAAACAAAUACGUCAUACUGAAAUACUUGGAUUGUUUUAGACACUGGGGGGGGCAACAUUUUUAGGUGGUAGUUGCUGAUACCCCUGGGUUCUUCUGCUGCCAAUCGAUCACUACUUCAAAAUACGAAUAUGUGCUAGAUUUGUUACUUCCUCUGAGAUAUAAGUUAUCAGCGUCGUACUGCGUGGUCACUACAGAGGCAAAAGUUUAUAGCCAAAACUGUAUCUGACGGACACUUUCAGAGCACGCUUCUUUCCGAACUGCGAAGAAGGAUGUGCGUGUGUUUAUGUGUGUCUGUCACAUGAUCAGUCUGAGAACAGUUCUGUGCGUGUGCUGUCUGCGUUCCUACAAAUUGAGUGGAGAGAAGAGACCUCAACUGGAGUUCCCGCGGAAGACGUGGGGAAUCCUCACUGGAAAUGCCGCACAAGGGAAAAAAAGACAAGGAAUCUUCCAAGCACGGUAAAUCAAGCAGAUCUGGAGGCAAAAACGGACAGUCAAAUGACCAAGAGGGCUCCAGUAAGAAGGUGCCCCCCACGGCCCAGCUUCUGAGGGUGAAACCGCCGGGCUCUCAUUCGGCCCUAAAGAAGGACAGGAGGCUGAGUGCAUCCUGUUUCCCUCUCAGCCAGAACAGGGAGCUACAGAACCUGGCUGCUCUUGCAGAUGUGGCCCCUGCAGAGCAAGAGAAGCUGUUUAUCCAGAAGCUCCGGCAGUGCUGUGUCCUCUUUGACUUCCUGUCCGACCCGCUGAGCGAUCUGAAAUGGAAGGAGGUGAAGCGGGCGGCGCUGAGCGAGAUGGUGGAGUACAUCACCCACAACAGGAACGUCAUCACAGAGCCCAUCUAUCCAGAGGUGGUGCACAUGUUUGCUGUGAACAUGUUCAGGACGUUGCCUCCUUCGUCCAACCCCACAGGGGCAGAGUUUGACCCAGAGGAGGAUGAACCCACCCUGGAGGCAGCCUGGCCACACCUUCAGCUUGUCUACGAGUUUUUCCUCAGAUUUCUAGAAUCUCCCGACUUUCAGCCUAACAUAGCUAAGAAGUACAUCGACCAGAAAUUUGUAAUGCAGCUUCUGGAUCUUUUUGACAGUGAAGACCCCCGGGAGAGAGACUUCCUGAAGACCACCCUCCACAGGAUCUACGGGAAGUUCCUGGGCCUGAGAGCCUACAUCAGGAAACAGAUCAAUAACAUCUUCUAUAGGUUUAUCUACGAGACAGAACACCAUAAUGGUAUAGCUGAGCUGCUGGAGAUACUGGGAAGUAUAAUCAAUGGGUUUGCCUUACCACUGAAAGAAGAGCACAAGAUCUUCCUGCUGAAGGUCCUAUUGCCUCUGCACAAAGUCAAAUCACUCAGUGUCUAUCAUCCACAGCUGGCCUACUGUGUGGUGCAGUUUCUAGAGAAGGACAGCACUCUCACUGAACCGGUGGUGAUGGCCUUGCUGAAGUACUGGCCAAAGACCCACAGUCCCAAGGAGGUGAUGUUCCUCAAUGAGCUGGAGGAGAUCCUGGAUGUCAUUGAGCCGUCCGAGUUUGUCAAGGUCCAGGAGCCACUCUUCAGACAGCUGGCCAAGUGUGUGUCCAGCCCACAUUUCCAGGUGGCAGAAAGAGCUCUAUACUACUGGAACAACGAGUACAUCAUGAGUCUGAUCAGUGACAACGCGGCCAAGAUCCUGCCCAUCAUGUUCCCUGCUCUGUACCGCAACUCCAAGACACACUGGAACAAGACCAUCCAUGGCCUCAUUUACAAUGCUCUGAAGCUUUUCAUGGAGAUGAACCAGAAGCUGUUUGAUGACUGCACACAACAGUUCAGGGCAGAGAAGAAUAAAGAGAAGGCAAAGUCGAAAGAGCGAGAAGAGGCGUGGAUCAAGAUUGAGAACCUUGCCAAGUCCAACCCCCAGCUCCUUGUGUAUGUUGAUUCCUCUGACCUCAAUAGUCCGGUAGCUAUGGAGACGGAGUUUGGCUUGAUAGAAGAUGUUGAGGGGUUAAAACAGACAAUUAAAGAUGGAGCCACUCAGCUCCAGAGGGAUCAGAAGAAGGAGCGUCCGUUAGUGCGCAGGAAGUCGGAGCUGCCUCAGGACAUCUACACCGCCAAGGCCUUGGAGUCACACCGCCGCGCCGAAGACAUGAUCACCCCCCAGGACGGAAUUUAAGCCCUGUCUUUCUCCUGGCCCCGCCCCCUGCACUCCGGCUCCAUGCAGAGGUUUACCCUGCAUGGUGGGAUGCACAACUGCCCUUUUCUCUCUAAGUCCUGCCCUCUCUCUUACCUCUCCCCCUGCCUCCCCCCCCUUGGUCCAUCAUCACCUACCCCCCUCCCAUAGACACACACACCUGUGAGCCCCCCAUCCAACAACACAGUUGUCACAAUCAUCUGCUUUCUCAGGUGUUUUUAUUUAGAAGGGGGAAGGAAAAUAAUUCCCUGUCUUUCUCUUUGGUCUCUACUCUCUCUCUGUCUCUCUCUCUCUCCUUCUCUGUUAAGCUGCAUUUUCAUUCCCCCCCCCCAUUCCUCUGCACCCCAUUCUGUAUUCUCCAUCUGCCCUUCCUACUUGCCCUGGGCUCACCACAGCAAUGGAGAGCACAGAGCACUGGGUCCAGACCCUGUGGCAGGGGCUUGGUUAAGGACAGAGAGCAGAGCACUGGGUCCAGACCCUGUGGCAGGGGCUUGGUUAAGGACAGAGAGCAGAGCACUGGGUCCAGACCCUGUGGCAGGGGCUUGGUUAAGGACAGAGCACUGGGUCCAGACCCUGUGGCAGGGGCUUGGUUAAGGACAGAGAGCUGGGUCCAGACCCUGUGGGAGGGGCUUGGUUAAGGACAGAGAGCUGAGCAGAGAUGGCUGGCUGGAGAGCCUCCACCGGUGUCCUUUCAAAGGGAAAACACUCGUAACAGAGACUGGCAGUUGAAAGAUAAGACCUUCUGCUCAUCCUACUUUUUCUCUCUCCCCUUUUUUGUGUCUUUUUUUGUUCUUCAUCAAUCCCAGGGACAUCUUGUGAGUGCCAAGACUUUGUUGUGUUCUUUUAUCUCUGUCUUCAUGUUUCUCCAUUUCUCUGUGAUGUCAGCAGAGACUCAAGGCUGACAAGCUGGACACUUGUGUGUGUCUGUUAGCUGCCUUGUUCUGGGCUUCUGAGAUCUCUACGAUGCUCUUCUCAGCACACUGAGGCUAGCCCUGCUGACCUGCUCUAAUGGUUCCUAAUGUCUAUGGGUGAAAGGGUUGAGGAGGAGGGGAAUGGAAGGGAGGGGACAAGGAGAAGGAGAGAAGGGCGGAGAGAGGACACUUGUCUGUGGUCACAGUUAGGGGUGAAUCUCUAAAUGUGUGCCAUGUGCAGCUUCCUCUCUUCCCCCCUUGGUUGACUGUGAACCAGAGGACAGAAUCUCAUUGGGAGUCAGAGGUCCGACAGAUUAAUCUCAUUGGCUGUCUGUGAGCCUGAGGACAAACUGAGGGAUGGUGGCAGUUCAAACAAUGGUACCUCGUUCACACAGAGAAGCAGUCUGGCAUCAGGAACUAGGAUUGGCCCAGCUCAAUUCAGUUCACCCCUGCACAGCUCAGCUUGCAGGAAAGGUGUUAAGGGGAAUGAGAGGGUUGUGAGUAAAUGGCGACAUCUCUUCCAUCCCCAUAAAUCUCUCUCUCUGUCUCUGAGACACCAGAGUGCCUUUGCUGUCAGGAGGAAGGAGAGAGGAACACACCCUAUUCAUUAGAACCAGAUGCAUACACAAAAAAUCUGUCACAUGUAUACACACACACAUACACACACACACAAGCAAAUCAACACAAUAUUAACUGAACUACCUAAAAAGCACUUCCUGAAAACUUGAAAGUUGUGGCAUGUUCGUGUAUCUUUAAUGAAGUUCUUUAAUGUCUGGUCUAGUUUGUGUUCAGUCUACUCUCUCAGCUAGUUAUAACUCAGUGGAGGGUGUAAGGACCCCCAGUACUUGUACGCGUCUUAUAUGUACCAUUGUUUGAACGUCAUGAAUCUGGUUUGUUUUUUUAACAUUCUAGUUCUUCUCUGGUAUGGGUUCUCACAUUCUCUCUGCAAUCCCAGAUGGCAGUUUUAGAGUUGCCUCGGCCAAUGAAAAAAGUUGAUACAAAAACAUGGCCAAUGAAAGAGGCCAAUACUGAAAACAAGUGACAUCAAGGUGUGGCUUGAUAACUAUAUUAAAACUGUAUUUGCUUGAAUGCGAAAGAUGUAAAUGAUACUACCAUGUUAAACAUGUCUCGUUUCCCUGGAAGAAUAGCAUUCACCAAACGUUUUUUCUCUCCUUUAAAAAAAUCCUAGUUUUUAUAAAAUAGUACUGCUUGAAAAAAAUGUUUUAUCAGUUCGUGUUUUGUUUUUGUCCAGAGCUGUUGUGGAUUGUUUUCUUGUUGAGAAAUAAACUACCCAUAUGACAGGAAAUGGAGAAAAACAGUUUUGGUGAUUGUUUUUCUCUGUUUUUCUCACUCUUGAUUGCUUGGAUGCAGCUUAUUUGCAGCUUUUUAGGUUUAACAUGUCAUUUCCAAACUAUGAUAAAUUAACAAGUGUCCUUUUGUAUGUGACCUGUACUAUAUGGCUUCCUUUAAUAUUGUACAUAUGAUUUACUUUGUUUUAUGUAGUGUGAUAUAUCUAGAUUAAUUUUGUACAAAAUGGUCUGUACAGAAUAAAAAUACCAUAGCAACCGGAAGCUGUCCAUGUGACACAUACAUUCUUCUUCUCCUGUUUUGCCUGUGAGUUGCUGCACCAUUAGAAAAUAUUCAAAUAUUUUUUGGUUGAACCCUUCUCCAGAUGUGUGACAGAUGUCCCCAGGCCGUGUGUGCUUCUCUCGCUGUCUCCACUGGUGUAUAACUAUAUAGAAUGAAUAAAGAGAAUAUUUGAAUUUAUAUUUUCAACCAUAAA